CAUCGCAUUUGAGUUCUUCUCUGUAUUGAGAAGUUGAGCAAUGUUAAGACUGCAUUAAGUGCUUUUUUUUUACAAUGUAGCAACAAUAAUGGUCUUCUUCCUGUUUAUGUAUUUUAAUCCUUUAUUGUACAUUGAUUUCUUAUUUAGAUACUAGUUUAUUGCACACAAACCCACAAGCAUGUUUUAUUACAUGCGACUCGAUUUCAAAUUUUUACAGAUUGGUUAAGAGCAAAUCAGUAGAAAUUUUUCAUUUUUGGGUAAGAAAUGAAUGCGUCAUGUAUUUACGCACUUCCACUCGAAUAACCUGUCUAGCUUAAUUGAUUAAUAUAUUAACCAGAUAUGAAGGUUUGCUUGUAACUUUUUGUUGCGGGAAUAUACUAGUAAAUGGUAGAGAAGUAGAGUUUUAGGUUGCUUUCGGAACAGAAUGGAGCUGGAGCUGCAGUAGAGUUACGGAUCAUACUUGGAACAGAAGGGUUUCGCCAGUGUGAUUGUAUAUCAUACUUCUGUUCAGAUGUUAUUAUGGUCUGUUAUUACUUUCACUGGCUUGUCUAAUUAAAAUGACCACUGUUAUGAAUCUCAAGUACGGAUAGAAAGCUUUAUUUGUUGAAUUUGGAUUGAGAGUUGUGUUUGUUCUAUGUGUAAGGAUAAUUUGUGUGUUACACUACUUCCUUUGGGCAAAUUUAUUAGCAGCUUAGUGCUAUAUAUUAUAAAAUUCAGUGCACUAACAAGUUGGUGAAUACAUUAUAUGUGCACCAAGUGAAGACUAUUGACAAAUUACAUAAAUGUUGUGGCAGAUGGUUACAGCCUACAGGCAAACAUGUGAAGGAAGCCGAAUGCAUGUCUGUUUUUACUUCAGUGUUUUGUUUUGAUUGAAAACGACAGACAGAUUGGAUAAAUGUUUUUUGACUCAGAAUUAUUUAGUAAACUUUCUUUUGAAAUGUGGUAAUCUGGUAUUCAAUUGAACAAGUUUCGUGGCAAUGUGUAUGCUUCAUUAGAUAACUACCAGUAUCAGAAUUCUUUUACAAAUAUCUAACUUUUUAAAUUUUGUGUUUUACUGAUUCCACAUGUGUGGUGCUUCCACUUUAUUGGUUCCACUCAGUCUACUUUUCACCAAGUAAAAGCUGGAUAGUCUUUUACCUCUACCUCUGAACAAGAAGCAACAAUAUGCUGUACUUUAUCUCACUAUAUAUGCUACUCUUCCAUUCCAGUUCAGGCAUGCAUACAGAUGUCGAGUUGGCUCCAUUGGAUUAAAUUCUGAUUGCUCGUGUGUAGAUAUUCUGCAAGUAUCAUCGCAGAUGAAGAUUGAAAGAUGGAGAUAUAAUCUUUCCUUUCUUUCAUACGUCAUAAUCAGAGUUACUAGCAUAUAAUUUCUUUUUUUUCUAGAGCUGUACAUUUCCUUAUCUUCGAAUAAUAUUGAUCCCUUCGCUUUCAAUACAAAUACCCCAUCUUUGUUUUUUUUUUGUCUGUUGUAAACCGAAAUAGUUUCGAUUAAAUAACUGCAAUGCUUCAGGCAUUAAGAAGUUUUGCUAGGUUUCUGCUGGAAGUUGCUUUUUAUAGAUUCAGUAGAUUUCUUCUGAACUAGUCAUACGAAUCGAUAUAGGUUAGAGCUGAAUCUGGAGUAAUGGUGUGAUUCCAUUCUUCCAGUUCUUCUACCUUGAAUCUCCUUAGAUAGUUGAUCAAGGAUACUAUAAACCUUACUAAAGAGUGCUCGAAGGCUAGUGUUAUAAAACACAGCAUGCUGUCUUUAAUUGUCAAGUCCUCUAAAUUCGUCUUCAAAUUCUUCACAAGGCUCAUUUGUAAGGAUGGACUUUUUCAUGACAAACUGUUUUUUAGGACAUUAUAAUGAUUUGGUAGGAAAAGCAUAUCACUUUGUCACUGCUGUCUGUAUUAAUUUAACAGUAGUCAGUUAUGAAAAAUAAAUGUUUCCAAUUGCUGAAAGCCUGAAAUAAAACUUCUUUUGUAAUAGGAAAUGACUCUGGAGGAGUGCGAGAAAGAACGCAAUGAGAAAAGGAAAGCAUUGCUGGCACUGAAUUCUGAAGAGAGAAAGGUUGACUUUGAUAAAGAUUUUGAAUCAAUGAAGCUUCUUUCAAGCAAGAAAAAUGAAGAAGAGAUACAGCGGUCUGACAAAGGCAAAGAGGUGGCUGAGAAGGCGAAAGCCAAGAAGGCUGUCAGCAUUAGUGAGUUUCUAAAGCCUGCUGGAGGAAACUACUAUGGCCCUGGUCGUGGUGGUCGUGGACAUGGCCGAGGUCCAAGAGGAGGUCACAGUGGAAACAAUGUCCGUGCACCAGCAAUUGACGAUCAAGCCGAGUUCCCUACCUUGGGGUCAAAGUGACCGAGAGAUUUCCUUUCUGCCACAGAUAGGUUGUCUUUGGUGGUUCUUAGUGGCGGAAUGUCAACAGGAAUGUUCUAAAAAUUAUCUAAAAGUCUUUUGUGUGCAAAUCCAGAGCUAUGCAUCAGACUUGUAUGGCUGUGAAAUAAACAAGUGAAAUAACAGCGGUCUUUGCAAAAAAGAACAAAAAUAAUAGACGAGUGACUAGUGGAGUUAAUGAUACAAUAAAAGAUUGGGCUCAAUUGUCAUAGCAAAUGGAGAAGCAAUUGCAUGCUUAUAAAGGAAGGAGCAACAUCUAACAUUUACACAUUCACUUGAACAACAGAAAUUCAUGUA